UUUUUUUUACUGUUAGGACUGAUUUCUAUGUCCAGGAAUUUAAAAAAUAGCACUGAUGCUCACCAGUGUUUUGAGAAGGAAGAGGCAGGGAGGGCUGUCUGACUAAUUUAGAAACACGGAUAUUCCGGGCAAAUCAUUUUUUUUCCUACCUAGGGAAAUUCUCACUCCCCGCCUCCUCAGUAACAUUUUGCUGGGAACAGUAUAAAAGACACAGGGCUCAUGGCUCACAGUUAAGUAUCAGCAAGUGAAAGCUGUAAGACGGGUCAUCGGCCAAAACCUAGAAUACUGACCUCACCAAAGACACAGGCUCUACAUCAAGUCAGCUACACCAGCAUACUUCUGAGAAUCAGGAUUCUGCAGCCAUUGUUGUAAUAAUUCUGCAAAGUCAACUCAAGGGAGGGAGAAAAAAAGCUUUAUAGUCAGUUCCUGCCAUAAUGAACGCCCUUUGGUUCCUAUCUGCUCUCACCUAUGGACUUUUGUUGCUUAAGGAAAGCACCUGCUGGACAUAUCAUUAUUCACUUGAAACCAUGAAUUAUACAAAAGCUGAGAAAUGGUGUAAAACCCACUUUACCCACCUGGUUGCGAUUCAAAAUAUGGAGGAAAACGAGUACUUAAACAAAGAGAUCCCUUAUAAUGGAUCGUACUACUGGAUUGGGAUCAGAAAAAUUGGCAAUGUGUGGAGGUGGGUGGGAACGAACAAGGCAUUGACUGAAGAAGCUAAAAACUGGGCAAAAGGUGAACCAAACAACAAAGGGAAAAACCAGGACUGCGUGGAAAUCUACAUCAACCGAAUACAAGAUGCAGGAAAGUGGAAUGAUGAACGUUGCAGCAAUAAGAAAAGGGCUUUGUGCUAUACAGCCUCCUGUAAUCCGCAUUCCUGCAGUGGCCAUGGCAAAUGUGUGGAGACUAUUAAUAAUUACACCUGCCAGUGUGAUACAGGAUUCUACGGGCGCAAUUGUGAACAUGUAAUUACCUGUGACACACUGAAAAAACCAGAUCAUGGUACCUUAGAAUGCAGCCACCCAGUGAAGGAUUUUAGCUACAACUCGUCUUGUCAUGUUCAAUGCACCGAAGGCUACAAAUCCACUGGACUGGAACCCGUACUGUGCACCGAUUCUGGAAACUGGUCUGCACCCACCCCUUUGUGUAAAGUUGCGGAAUGCCAUGCGCUCCAGACACCUACUCACGGGUUCCUCAACUGCUCCCACCCCUCUGGGAAUUUUGCCUGGAAUUCGUCGUGUGAGUUUGGCUGUAAAGAUGGCUUCGUCUUGAGUGGUUCCAGCAGGCUGCAGUGUCAGGCAUCUGGAGAGUGGGACGGACAACAGCCAGCCUGUGAAGCGGUAAAAUGUGAAGCGGUACCUUCGCCUGAAAAUGGCUCUGUGAGUUGCUCCCAUGUGGACGCAGAACUGACCUACAACUCAACCUGUGAUUUCGUGUGUGAGCAGGGCUACACCUUAAGAGGAUCGCCUCAAAUUCAGUGUUCAUCCGAGGGACGCUGGUCACAGCCAAUCCCUGCAUGUGAAGCUGUGGUGUGUAGUGAACUGAAACCUCCGGUUCAUGGCUUCUUGAACUGCUCUCACGCUUCUGGGAAUUUUUCCUGGAAUUCAACCUGCAAGUUUGCUUGUGCCGAAGGGUUUGCUCUGAGAGGGUCCAGUGAGCUCCAGUGCGGUGCCUAUGGAGAAUGGGAUGGACAAAAACCAGAGUGUGAAGCAGUGAAAUGCGAGGUGGUCCAUCAGCCCGAAAGGGGCUUUGUGAACUGCUCCCACCUGGACACAGAUCCACGCUACAAUUCAGUCUGCGAAUUUAGUUGUGAGGAGGGCUACAGCUUGAGAGGAUCAUCCAAAAUUCAAUGCACAUCCAAGGGACACUGGUCAGAGCCAAUUCCUGUUUGUGAAGCAAUACAGUGUGAAAUACUGACACCCCCUGAGAACGGCUUCUUGACUUGUUCGGACCCUGAUAGACAUUUUGUCUACGGCACAAUUUGCGAGGUCAGCUGUGCAGAGGGAUGGGUGCUGAAUGGUCCCCACAGACUCCAUUGCCUGGCUGCAGGAAACUGGACGUCAAGUCUUCCCGCAUGUGGAGCUCCUUCAGCAUCUUCAAGAAAUGUGACAAUUGCAGCCACAGUCACUUCGGCCUCGUUGCUUUCAAUAGGAUCGUUCCUUAUUUGGCUCAUGAAGCGUUUUCGGAGGAAAGUGAAGAAAUUUUCUCCUGCCAGCAGUUGCUACAGCGUGAAUUCCGAAGCUACUUUUGGUCACCUGAUUUAAUUCACUCAGGAUUUCAAGCCAUCUCCUCUGGAGUAUGUGAAGAAGGAGAAUGAAGAAUGGCCAUAAGUCAGGCAUCAGAAGUUCUUGUGUUUUAUCAGUAAGAACAGCCUGAGCUAAACAUUUGCUCUCUGCAAGAGAAUAUGGCAGUGCCAGUGUCUAUCAGGCUUCUCAGAGCAUGGACAAAGAUCAAACAUGGCGCCUCUGGCAGAGAGAUCUGUCAUCCUGGAACUGAAGAGAAGGUACCACAGUAACCUGAGAAAAAUCUUCCUGCUACACCAAAGCCAUCUGCCACCUACUGGACAUCUCUAUUGAUGAAGCUGCAUCAGAUGAGGAAGAGCACUGAAUAGUCAGUGUGGAAGAUAUUUGAACAGCUAGUUCCCUUUCAUUUCAAUGAGUCUAGCAGGGAGAAAUUUUCUGGUGGAUAAUUACCCACAUUUCGUGGGAUAAAAUAAUUAUUUGUAUAAUGCUUAGAGUUCAAAUGCAGUAGUGGAAAAGUUCACAUUCCCAUUCUUAACUUUUAAAUGCAUAUGUUGAAAUCCUCACCCAGAAUUUUGCAUUUUGAUUGCCAUACAAAAUAGUUGAUCUAUGCCAAAGUCCAAAUAUAUAUAUAUGAAAAGACGACUGUUUUGAUUUUAAAUUCUGCUUGGAGAUGGGUUUUAGAUUUGCACCUUUGAAAAGGAAACAUUUUGUUUCACAUCCUAAAAGUGUUUUUUGAAACCCAGACUUCAAGUUCUUAUAGUCACAGAUAUUUGCCGAAAAAUAAAUGUGGAUGAGUUUCACCUCUUCCUCCUGGUGUGGAAGAUAUUAUUUUGUUUUAAGUGUGCUCUAUUUAUUUAUUUAUAUUUAUUAAACUUAUUAGUUGCUUGUAGCCUGAAGAUCUCCAAGUGACUUACAGCAAUAUUUAUAUAUAUAUAUAUUAUCUAGCUAGCACUGAAAUUAAUUUUAGGAUAGUAGCACCUGUUUAAUUUCUUAAAUGCUGACUUUGAAACAUUUAUCAAAGCUACCGCAACCUUAAUUCAGUUAUAACAAUGUAGAUUUUUUUCCUUUUUGGCUGCUAUGUUUUACAGAGCGUUUUCACUAUCUUUGUGAAAGCAAAAGUGUAAUUAAAUCCAAGGCGUUAGAAAUUUUUCAUCCCUAUGGGAUUUAGUACUGUAAUUUCAAUUAUAUUGAUUAUAUUUAUUGCUUGGGCAUUUUCAUUUCAGGACAAAAAAAAAAGAUUAUCUAAAGAAAAAAAUAGUAAAAUUAAUUAUAUUUACUAAAAAUCCUCCUAAUAAAUAGCAAAGCUAAAAACUGCUGAAACAAAUGGAAGCAUGUUUUCCUUAUUGUGGCUUAUAUCCACAGUCUUGGAAUACCUCGAUUUUACUUAAUUUGUUCCAAUUCAAUAUUGUUUAAAUAGUUUAGAUUCUUGUAUAUCAGGCCAACAGCCCAAAGGGUGCAGACGGUUACAUCCAUCCCCAGAAAUUCUGUCACUUCUUAAUUCUGAAUUUUCCUUUGAAGAGUUAAAUUACAUAUUUUAAAUUAGGGGGUUGGGGGGGGGAUGUUUCAAUACUAUCAAAUACAGUUAAAAGGCACUGCUAAUUUCUGAAAAUGAUGCCCAUGUCCUGUCCCGGGUUUGCCUGAUCUUAUUUUCCUCUAUAAACAUUCCAUUAUAUUCAGUCGUUCAGAAUGAAUAUAUCAGUCGCAUCUAAGGAAUACUUUAAACUACCUUAUAACAGCACCUGCACAAAGCUCUCUACUAGAAAUGAUACCCUGUUAUAUAUGAAGUACAAAAAUAUGCAAAAUCUGAGUACCUGAAAUGUAGAGACUGAAAAUUUAACAGUUAUUUGGUAUAUGUUCAGACAAUUGGGAUAUAAUUUCAGUAGCCUGUUGAUGGGUAGUCCAGUAAGAUCCCUGGCAGUAACCCUAAGCAUGUUUCCCUUAAAAUCAGUGACACAAUGUACUGUAUUUCCUAGUAAACAUGGUUAAAUCUAGCUUCCUGGACAUCCAAAUCUUUUAAAUCCUGAUCUAAGUAUAGACCAUGAAUGAAUGAGUGAGAUUGUCUACCAAGCAAUGUGUUUCAGGUCAGGGUAUUAGUGUUUACCCCUUCAAACAGUGGCGUGGGGUUUCCUUAUAUUUCAAAUCCCCCCUAGAAGCACACAAAUAGUUUAAAUCUAAAACAUAAUAAAAUAUGGUAUGUAUUUAAUUUAUUCAAAGUUAUGUAUUUAAUUUGGCCGUCGCCAGAAGUUUAUUGUGCUUUUUUGUUU